AUGCUUGAACUAAUUCAGAACUGCUCAGUAUUGGCCGACGACAAAGAAUGCCCAUUGGAAACUUCUGAAAAUGGGACACCCAAGUUUACAAGCAUCAGUCUGCUAAUCCUGUCUUUCCUCAUGACCCUGGUGGUGUUGGUUACAGUGGCAGGCAAUGCACUAAUCAUCUUAGUUUUUGCAGUGGACAAGAAUCUCAGAACCUCAAGCAAUCUGUUCCUUCUUAAUCUUGCAGUUUGUGACUUCUGUGUGGGUACAGUUUCACUUCCUUUAUAUAUACCUUAUGUGUUAACAGGAAGAUGGACACUUGGAAGGGGUCUUUGUAAAUUUUGGCUGGUCAUAGACUACCUUGCUUGUGCUGCUUCAGUAUACACCAUUGUUGUGAUUAGCUAUGAUCGUUCCCUUUCUGUGACUAAAGCUGUCAUUUGCAGAGUUCAACAAAAUACAUCAUGUUAUGCCACAUCUAAGAUAGCAUCGAUUUGGAUUGCAGCUUUUCUUUUGUAUACUCCCUCAAUAAUACUCUGGGAGCAUGUUGUGGGAAGGAGCGUAGUGCCUGAUGAAGAGUGUUAUCCAGAAUUUUUCUACAGAUGGCAUUUUUUGAUAUGUAGUUGUUCUAUGGAUUUCCUGAUGCCACUCCUAAGUAUUCUUUAUUUUAAUAUAGACAUUUACUGGAGUAUUAGGAAACGUGAUAAAAAUAGAUGUAAGCCAGCAACUCAAGAGCAGUCUGUAGAAGACCCCUGUAAAAUUGUUGCUGAGGUGCUAGCAGGUUCAUCAGUGGACAUGGUGAAUGAGUUACCUAAUACCACACUGAAGCAAAGUAUUGGGAGGCAGAGGUAUAAGCAGAAGUUGGCCAUGUUUAAAGACUUCCACUCCUUGAGGGAAGUGACAGCCGAUAUGCUACCCUUGAAGAUAGGUACAUUUGUAAUAUGGCACAGCGCAGAUAUGCCUAGUGACACAAAUGUUGUUAUUACCACUAUGGAUAAUCUUAGAAUGAUGUGCGAGUCAGAACUACUGAAUGCAGACAGGUUUGCACUUUACAUUGUGCACUUAAUGGCGGAGUGA